AUGGCUGAAGAGAUUAAAACCUAUACUCCAACUGGUCGUAUUCGAAAGCCUGCUUAUAAUUUGAUUGCUCAAUGGAUCAAAGAUGCAUGGGAUGCUAUUGAUUCUUCUUUAAUUCAACGUUCUUUUCAAUGUUGUGGAAUUUCUAAUGCACGAGAUGGUAGUGAAGAACAUCUUAUAUUCGAUUAUAAUUAUGUUACAAAAAAUAACACCAACAGUAAUAAUAAUCAUGUUUAUUUGAGUAACGAAGGUUUAGAUGUAAAAGUUGAAAGUAUAGAAACGUACUUAGAAGAAAAAAAUAUUAGUGUUAGAGAAUGCGAAGAUGAUUACUAUGAUAAUCAUGAGUUGAAUUAUGUAAAUAAUUGGAAUUAG